CGGACGCGUCCGCCUCUCGCUGGAGUGAUCCGGGCCCGAGGCUCUGGGUUUGUCGGGGCUGCUUCAGCUUCCCGGCUGGUCCCAGUCACUGGUGCCAGUGCUCAGGCGCCCGCCGCCCUUAACCUUCGGCCCCGCGAGCCCUAACUGGGCGCCGGAGGACCGGCUGCCGCCCCCAGGUAGACUGGGUCUGGCUGGGUCAGGCCAGAAGGGUGUCCAUGGCGCGCGUCUCGCGCCGAGGCCAGAACUGGAACCGGGUCCCCAGCAGCUUCCGACCACACUGACGGUGUGGAACCGUGUGAGCGCUCACUAACUGCAGGGGACGGAGCUGGGCAUAUAGGGAAACUGGGGGUUUCCGGGCGAGUGGAUUAUUGUUUGGGAUCCGACGUGCACACUACCGUCUCAGGCUUUGGAAGAUGGAGGCUGCUGUUUCCACCUCAGGCUCUGAUGCUGGUCUCUGGUAGAAGAAGGUUGCUCUCAGGUCUUCUGCAGGCUCAGAAGUGGCCCUUUCAACCAUCCAGAGACAUGAGACUAGUGCAGUUCCAGACACCCCACCUGGUGGGGCCUCAUUUGGGCCUGGAAACAGGGAAUGGUGGAGGAGUUAUCAACCUCAAUGCCUUUGACCCCACACUCCCCAAAACAAUGAUACAGUUCCUCGAGCAGGGAGAAGCCACCCUGUCAGUGGCAAGAAGAGCCUUGGCUGCCCAGUUGCCAGUCCUACCACGGUCGGAGGUUACCUUCCUGGCUCCGGUCACGCGGCCAGAUAAGGUGGUGUGUGUGGGCAUGAAUUAUGUGGACCACUGCAAAGAACAGAACGUGCCUGUGCCCAAGGAGCCCAUCAUCUUCAGCAAGUUUGCCAGCUCCAUCGUGGGGCCCUAUGAUGAGGUAGUCCUCCCACCAGAGAGCCAGGAGGUAGACUGGGAAGUGGAGCUGGCCGUGGUCAUUGGAAAGAAAGGCAAGCACAUCAAGGCCACAGAUGCCAUGGCCCAUGUGGCUGGCUUCACUGUGGCUCAUGACGUGAGUGCCCGUGACUGGCAAAUGAGACGCAAUGGGAAACAGUGGCUGCUGGGAAAAACCUUCGACACCUUCUGCCCUCUGGGCCCUGCCUUGGUGACCAAGGACAGUGUAGCAGAUCCACACAACUUAAAGAUCUGCUGCCGAGUGAAUGGGGAAGUGGUCCAGAGCAGCAACACCAACCAGAUGGUGUUCAAGACAGAGGAGCUGAUAGCGUGGGUCUCCCAGUUUGUCACCUUUUACCCAGGGGAUGUCAUCCUGACCGGGACCCCCCCAGGUGUCGGUGUAUUCAGGAAACCUCCUGUCUUUCUCAAGGUCUCUGAAGGUCCAGAUAGCACUGAUGGCGAGCUUUGGGUCCACACAGUCUGGAAAGAAGACAGAAGUGAAGGCUCUAGGUCGGGAGGACAGGGAGCCACUGGGCACAGGCUUCUCUCCUCCUCUUGUUUAAAGAAGGAGCCUAGGGAGGGAUAGAGCUCAGACUCCACAGAAGACCCUCUAUACUCUGCAACUCUUUUCCUAGGGUGGGCUGUCACUGUCCGGCAGGGGGCAGCAGCCACCAGCAAACACACACCUGCCUCCAGGAAGCUUGACUUCCCACCCAGAGCCUCCCUCAGGAAGAGAGGUAGCAGCUCAGCUCAGCAUUCAGCAAUGCCAGGGGCUGACUCCUUGGGACUCACCAAAGAUCCCUUCUUCCUGGGCGGUGGCCUAGAGGAACUGAAACGGCUGCUUUGUGUAGCCAGACUCUGCAGAAGAGAGACCUAGACUUGGGGCCCCGCACAGACAGAGCCUGCCUUGAGGAUUGCAAGGGAAGAAGGGCCUCACCAGUACCAGGCAGCUGGCCCUGGCAGAGGAAGGCGGCAGCCUGUGCGAAAGCCUUGAGCAGUGGGCUGAACAGGCGGCAGAGGAAAAGAAAGAAGUCCGGGAAGCGCAACUGCUGGCUAAGCUGGAGGGGUUGGGAUGAGUGCAGCUCCCCACAGCCUCCCUACCACCUCCCUCCAGGGGCAGCUUCUUCCAACACACCCUGAAAUACCUGCCCUCGGCCUCUUCAAAGUCAUCACUGUCACUUAACAGUAAAGUCCCCACUUACCAGCUUUCU